CUGCUGCAGGCGGGGCAUAUUUCUGAGCUCAAGAAAGUCAAAGUAACCCUGUUACACUGCCCAGAGGGAGCCAUGGCCACAGACAACCUCGUGGAAAGUCUCCGGGAGGAAGCUACGUGCCCCAUCUGUCUGGAGUAUUUUAGAGAUGCAGUGACUAUAGACUGUGGGCACAAUUUCUGCCGGUCCUGCAUCGCCCAGUGCUGGGAGGGAUCCGAUACAGCCGCCUCCUGCCCUCAGUGCAGAGAAACUGUGCAGCAGAGAAACCUCAGGCCGAACAGGAAGCUGGCAAAUGUUGUAGAAAUCGCCAAACGGUUUAGUUUACAGGCAGCAAAGGGAGCAGGAGAGGAGAGGGUGUGUGGGGAACACCAGGAGACUCUGAAACUGUUCUGUGAAGAGGAUCAAACUUCUGUCUGUGUGGUUUGCCAUCUAUCCCGGGAUCACAGAGAUCACAGGGUGAUUCCCAUAAAGGAAGCUGCCCAGGAGUACAAGGAGAAACUCCAGGGAGCCCUGCGCUCUCUGAGGAAGGAGCUGGAAGAGGCCCUGGCUCUGACAUCUGCAGAGGAGGAGAAAACCACAGAGUGGCAGCCAGGUGAUGAACCCAUGGGAAAAAAAGUCUGUUCAGAUUCACCAGCCUCUUACGGUGAAAUCCCUGCAGAAAGCGUGGGGGGUGUGAGGAAGACGCCAGCAGCAGGGAUGAGAGGAGAAGGGAAAGUGAAGACUAGGAGAGAGAUGAUUGCAGGUGAAUUUAACAAAUUGCACACACUGCUGAGAGAGGAGGAGCAGCUGCUUUUGCAGAGCCUGGAGGAGGAGGAGAGGACGACUCUGCAGAGACUACAGGAAAAUGUAACCAAACUCUCCCAGCAAAGCUCCUCUCUGCAGCAACUGAUCACAGAAAUCGAGGAGAAGUGUCAGCAACCAGUUGUGGAGCUGCUAAAGGAUGUGAAAAGCACAUUGAGCAGGAGUGAGAAUGUGAAACUCCAGGAACCAGAAGCUGUUUCUACUGACCUGAAGAACGUGUAUAAAAUUUUCCUUGACAUGAGGGAAGCGCUGAAGAGAUUGGGAGGUGAGUGGAUUCUACUGGGACAUUCAGCGGUGUUGUGCCUGGGGCUCUGGACAGAGCCUGUGACCCCAGGACACACAUGCAACCAGCUGACAGGCUUGCAUCUGUGAUAGCUGGAGUCUGAUGUGCUGAGUGCUGGACAGUUUGCCUGCUACUUACAGCCACCUGCUGGUACUUGCCCAGGUCUCUGACCAGGCCCUGUCACUCUGACAUCCUGACCCCUCCAUGGCUGAGUUACUGGGUGUCACUGAGCCAGGUGCUGUGAGGCCUGGACUGGGCCCAUUGUGCUGGGAGCUGCACAGACGGGUAACGGAUGACGUGUCUGU